GAAUUAAUCUAAUAGUCAGUUUGUGCGCGAAAGUGAUGUCGAAUAGUUUAGUUUAGUGUUAAGCGAGCGUUCGCAUAGCGCUGAAUAUUAAAUAAAUUGAGAAAAUCAAAAUAAAAAAAUCUUGAAACAAGAAACUUUAUUGUGGUUAAUAAUAAAGUCGAUUGAGGACAUAAUAUUAGCAAUAAUAAAAAAAAAUCAAUCAGCUAAACAAGAUUAUUUGGAGUGUAUAUCUAAUCUAAAGUGGUUGUUUAAAAUUACGCGCAGAGACACAGGCACAGACACAGGCGCAAACACAAAUACACCCACUCAUUCUUCCUCACAGAAUUGCGAUCAGAUUUCAAUAAUGAGUAUAUUGCUGGAGUUAAAUUUUAAACAGAAAAAUGCCACACGACUUUUUACGGCAAUUGGCGGAUUCUCCGCCUAUUUGUUGAUCAAAGAUAGUACGAAAUUAAGUAUGGCCCUAGGAGCGAUUAUGGCAUUAAUGUUACGAAAUCCUACUAUAGUUUACGUCCUCUUCAUCACUAUACCACGCGAUAUAAUAGCUGCAUAUCGUUUCUUGAAAUUGAAUAUUUUUCUUUACUAUAUGGAAUACAAAAAGUGGUCUAUGGCGCGGAUAUUUCAAGAAAAAUACCGAAGCAUGCCGAAUAAAUGCUGUUUCGUAAUGGACGAGCGUAAACUUACCUUUCAGGAGGUAGAAGAGUUUAGCAAUAAGGUGGGCACGUAUUUUUUGGACAAAGGAUUUCGUCGCGGUGAUUGCGUGGCCUUAUUUAUGGAAACGCGUCCAGAAUAUGUGGGCUUAUGGUUGGGUCUAUCGAAAAUUGGCAUUAUAACGGCCUUAAUUAAUUCAAAUCAACGACGAGAAACCCUAAGACAUUCAAUUGAAGCAGCUAAAGCGAAAGCUAUUAUAGUGGGGACAGAGCUAGCGCCGAUCUUGAAGGAUGUUUGGCAAAAUGAGGAUUUAAAAUGGUUAUCGAUCUUUCAAUUUAGCGAUGAAGAGCAAAGAGAUAAUGAUAAUUUUGAUUUAAUAAAGGAAGCCGUUGAUUUAACCGCUGAUUUGAAACAACAGAUACCUCAAAAUUUACAAGUUUAUAUAGAACAAUGUAAACCGAAGGAUACACUAUUAUACGUCUAUACCUCAGGCACUACUGGUUUACCUAAGGCAGCUGUCAUUACUAACUUAAGAUAUCUGUUUAUAGCGGCAGCAACUCAUUACAUGGUGGCCGUUAGGCCAAAUGAUAUUGUUUACAAUGCUUUGCCUUUAUAUCAUACCGCUGGCGGUAUAAUAGGAGUGGGUAACGCUUUGAUUUUUGGCUGUACCGUAGCAUUACGUAAAAAAUUCUCAGCUUCUAACUUUUGGAAAGAUUGUAUAAAAUACAAAGCCACUGUAGCUCAAUAUAUAGGCGAAUUGUGCCGGUAUUUAUUGACCACGCCUAGGAAACCUGAAGAUACUUUGCAUAACCUAAGGUUAAUGUACGGCAACGGUUUGAGGCCACAAAUUUGGUCACAGUUUACAACGCGUUUUAACAUACCCAACAUAGGAGAAUUGUACGGUUCCACCGAGGGCAAUUCCAAUUUAGCCAAUGUUGCCAAUCAAGUGGGCGCUGUUGGUUUUAUACCCAUUAUAGCUCGCACUUUGUAUCCGGUACAGGUAAUACGUGUAGAUGAAGAAUCAGGCGAACCCAUACGUAAUCAUAAUGGCCUUUGCGAACGUUGUGCAGCCGGUGAAACCGGAUUGCUGGUGGGUAAGGUCGAUCCACGGCGAGCUGUUACAUCUUUUCACGGUUACUCCGAUCAAAAGGCUUCGGAAAAGAAAUUGUUACGCAAUGUUUUUAAAAAGGGCGACGUCUAUUUUAAUUCAGGCGACUUGAUCGUGGUAGACAUUUUGGGGUAUUUCUAUUUCAAAGAUCGGACAGGCGAUACAUUUCGUUGGCGUGGUGAAAAUGUGUCUACACAAGAAGUCGAAGCAAUUAUAACCAAUGUUAUAGGCCUACAAGAUUGUGUUGUAUAUGGAGUGGAGAUUCCUCAUGUCGAAGGCAAAGCUGGAAUGGCCGCAAUUGAGGAUCCUGAACAUAAAGUAGACUUAAAUCAUUUAUCUGUAGGUAUACGUGGUAGUUUGCCGUCUUACGCUCAACCUUUGUUCAUACGAUUGAUGGCAGAAAUUCCUCGCACAGGCACUUUUAAAAUGAAGAAACGUGAAUUAAUGCUACAAAGUUUUAAUAUACAUAAAAUCUCUGAUCCUUUAUAUUAUCUGAACAAAGAUGGUGUCUACAGACCCUUAAGCGAGGAACAAUACCUACAACUGUUGGAUGGUAAAGCGGGUCUCUAAUGUUUACAUUUACGUUGAUAGAUGCAUUUGUUAUUUUUAAGUGAAACUCCAUUGUUUUUAGGCUAUAAAGCAUUCUCUUACAUCCAAUGCAUAAUUUUUAUCUAUUUAUUGUUUACGUUUUUCAUCUUUUAUUUUUUAUUUUUUUUAAUUUUUUCAUAAUUGCCAUAGCUUUCAUUUCUUGGUAACAGUAGUAGCUAAUAAUAGUAUAUAGUUAGCUUGUUUGAUAAUCAUUGAUGAAAUCUAAUGAUAACAUACAGUAUGUAUUUAAUAGCGGGAAUAGUUUAAAACAAAAUGAUGUAAAAAUAAAACAGAAGAGAUUUAAAUUUGAAAAGGGAAGUGCAUUACCCAAAACUUUACCUGAAAAUUAAACGCAGAAAGAGCAAUAAUUUAAAAGUUGUUCAUUUCCUUCAAAAGGCAAGCAAAUUUCAAAAUGACGCCAACAUUGCUAAAAUUUAUCUUAAGUAAUGUUAAUACCAUCGGAUUUUAAAUUCAUCCAUCAAUACGUACAAUAACGACAUUCAUUCAAAUUUUAUGUACAUUGGUUAUUUGAAUUAAUUUGUUUUAUUUCGAAAAAGGUAAAAUCUGACGUAAAAGUUACAGGUCAAAUUUUAAAGUACGUACCUACAGUAAAGAAAAAAGAUAGCAAGUGAUUUAAAAGUUAACACAGGUGUUUCACAUAUCUCUGCGAAAACGCAGUACAAAACUGGUCAAGAUUAGGUGAUUGAUGAUAAUCCACAAUUGUGCACUAAGCUAUUUGGAAUUUUGAAGAAAAAACUCAUUUGUUAUUUAAUAUCUGAUGGAAAACAAAUUUAUCUUUUACCCCUUGCUAGUUUCUAUACUAAUCGUUAGAGUAUAAAUGAAAGUUUAAUUGACCUGGAACGUGAAGUUGUUUAAGCUUAGUUGAAAAUUAAACAACAAGUUGCUACAAAACAGUCUACAUGCAUCAAACUGUCCAUAAAGGAUGUGUUUGAUUAGCAACUUGG